AUGGGCACUGCCAUGCUGUGCCUUCGAGAUGGGACGGGGGGUGACAAGGGCAGAGCGGCGCCGUUAUCGCCCGCGGCGCGGGGCUGGGCGGCGGCCGGGGCUCGGGCUCCGGCAGGCUGGCACCGCUGCUCCGCAUCGUCCCUGCGGGAGCCGCGGACGCGCCCCGGCUCCGGCCGCUGUGUGCCGUGUCCGUGCUGGCUGUGCCGGCGUUCCUCGCUCGCCAAAGCAGCGCCAGCCACUGCGGGUCCCCCGUGCGCAGGCAGGGGGAGGAAAGGACCCCCCAGCCACGGCACCUGCCAGUGCGACAGGAGCCGCAUUAGCGUGACACUGGGACUGGGAGGCUCUGGCCAGCUCCAGCACGAGAGACAGGAGCGGUGCCGGAGGCAGCUGCCGCCCUGGAGGCUCCGGCCGCAGCAGGACGCGCAGGGGCUGCUGCAGAAGCCAGGCUCUGCCAGCGUGGCCCAUCCCGGGGGCUGCCCCACGGCCUCCUGCCCUCUCCCCACAGCGCUGCGCGGAGAGGUGGCGCUGGCCCCCAGAGCCACCAGAGCCAGCCCAGGCCAGCGGCGGGGCGGCUGGGCUCGCAUGGACUCAUCCUGCACUUUCCUGGAGUUUUCAAUCCGCCAGAGCCCAGUCAGUUGGGAAGAUUGGACUCCGGAGCUCCUGCAAGUGAAAAAUAGCAAAUCCAAUAUCUUUUUAGUGGUGUUUUUAUAUUCAAAUUAGACAUAAUCUCCAUGAAUAAAAUUACUGUUCCCAAAGGGAUCAUGCCCAAUUUAAAUGUAUAAAAUGUCAUUA